AUGUUUGAAAAUCCAAUCACUCUGGUCAUGCUCGGACCAACCAUGAGUGGUAAAACGGAAGCAGUAAAAAUCAUUCGCUACUAUAAUUCGCAAAUCAUGUUUCGGACAUCCAGCUCUGCAAUCAAAAAAGAAUCCGAGUGUGUGGUUCGAUAUGAUCAAUGGUCUGGACAAAGCUAUCGCGAUAAAGAGUUGUAUUACUCACGUUUGAGAGAAUCCUAUCAAGAACCAACCAUGCAUAUGGAUUAUUUAAAUUUUGUAUAUUUACCUCCCAAUGGAGAGAAAGUAGUGCAAAUUGUGGAUAUUGGUGGACAUGAAAAAUUAAUGAAGAAUGCUUCGAGUGGGAUUUCAUUAAGCGAAAAUUCUGCAGCAUUGAUCGUUGUUUCAGUAGAUUCCAUCAAUUUUCAAGGAAAUCAAAAAACAUUGCAUGACCAUUUAAUGUUCGCUCGAGUGAAUGGGAUUAAACAAGUAGCAGUGUGUGUAAAUAUGAUGGAUACGAAGGAUUUUUGUGAAGAGGAAUUUUGUCAAGUGACAGAACGAAUUUUGAAGCCUGCUUUAAAAAAUAUUUUGGGAAUUAAGAAUUUGUCGGAAGUGCCAAUGAUACCCACAAGCUUGGUGCUUGAAGAAAAUGUAAUGAAAAAUUCAGACAAGAUGCCUUGGUACAAAGGUGAACCUUUGUUAAGUGUUGUUGAUUCGUUGACAACUCCAUCUUGUCAGCAAUGGAAAAAGUAUGCACCACUACGGCUUUCUGUCAUUGACUCGUACAGAAUUAGUGGUAUUGGGACAGUAUUGAUUGGUCAGCUUCAUACAGGAAUUUUACAACCUGAUACGAUGGUCAAAGUUCCAACGCUGAAAGGAACAAGCCAAGACUUGCUGGUAAAGUAUAUUGAAAUAGAUCACAAAACAGUCCCAAACGCAUUUCCUGGAUCGGUGAUUGGAAUUCAUGUAUCGCAGUUGCCUGUGAGUAGCUGCAGAAGAGGUUUAGUGUUAAGCGACCCCAAGAACCAUCCAGCAGCUUUUACACUAUUCUUUGAAGCGAAAAUUAAGAUCUUAGAUUGCCCAAAUAUUAUUAAGGAAGGAUUCACACCAAUGGUGGAUUGUGGUUUGGCUCAUGUGGCCUGUAGAUUUGAAAAACUAAUGUAUACCAUUGAUGCUACAACACGUAGAGUGGCUUCAUAUCAUCCUUCAUUCCUUAACAAGAAUGAUUUAGCUGUUGUGAGAUUACGUCCCAUAAAGAAGAGAUUUCUACUAGAAAGAUAUAACGAUUUCCCUUGCUUGGGAAGAAUAACAGUACGGGACAAUAACAAAAUUGUAGCAAUUGGAACAGUUACCAGGAUUGUUAGAGAAGGAGACGAUCAUAAUUUACCAACGUUGUACAAUUUUUCCAAGUACGGUAACUAUGUUAUGGGUACAUCAACGAGUUCACUAAGAGAUAUUUCUAUCACAUGCCAACAUUAA